AAAGAUUAUUAAGGGUCAUGCACUAUUGAAACAACAUUUACCUUACUCGAGUUUGGCUCAUUUUCUUUCGAACUUCACACCUGAAUUUAUCUUUCUACUGCUGUCAGAAAUGGACAUUUAUGUGUACGUUUAGUGGCCCCUUCAGAGUACUCCAAAAGGAAAUCUUGACAGCCCAUUUUGCUGUUAUAUGCACUGUAAAUUUGAAAGUUAGCUUAGACGUAGUUGGCCUAGCUUGCAAGGAGAUUGCAUUUGGCAAUCAACUGCAAAAGAAUAUCCCCGUUCUUCUGGCAGUUGGCAAAUAUAUUGUGGUGGGCUAGUCAAAGCCGUGCGUGUGCAGCUGUUUAAAGCACCAAAACCAUAAAAUCCAUCCCUGCUAGCUUUUGUAAAUGAGAAUUGCCCUCACUAGUACUACUACCUUUCUAUCUUAUAUCGUACAAUAAGACUCCCCAUGAAUCAUCCAAGGCAUCCUUCUUUUCUUCGCCAGCAAAAGAACUGCACAUUGCAGAGCUGUGUGUGUUCGUCCAUUGCAUGUUGCAUGGCUUUCUAAAGGCACGUGGCUAGGACAGCACCCACGUACUAGCCAAUGAUAUAGGUUAAUAGGAGGGUUAUCAGAUGAGAUCCUGUUAAUCCUGACCCAAACCCAAACCCAAAUUCAAACCCGAACCCGAAGAAUGGCAGAGGGACCCACCUGCUGAGAUUCUUUUAUUCUGGAGUUGGGCAAAUUGAGGAGGGGCCAUGAAUAGAGAGAAACAAUGGUUGUUUUCGGCAUUACAAGAUGACCUAUAGAUGAUGCAUGUGUUGACAGCUUUCCAUGUUUGGCAUUUGGAGGGGCUGCCAGCAACCCUUUACAUUAAUAUUAAGUGAACGGUGCUGCUGCUUUCAAUCUUCCUUCAUUGAUAUAUAGCAAGAAAAAUUAUCAGAAUUGGAAAAAAAUUAAAGUGUGAAGGGUGUUUAAGUUUUUUAGAGUCCCGACGAACCCUUUGAUAGAAAAAGACAACCACCCGCAUGGUCGCCCCUUCUUAUCCUCCUCACACAAGUCCAUUCCUUACCACCAAACCCUAACUAACCUCAGUAAUACAAAGAUAAAAUAACAAAGAGAAAGCAAAGUGGAAUUGUGGGGAGAGAAACUAAACUAGACUGAGCUCUCUCUCUCUCUGCGCGCGCUUGUGUUUAUAUAUAUGACUAUAAGUGCUAUAGUAUAAGACUCAGGUAUAAAAAGAAAAGAAUGUCUCCGAUAAUCCAACUUGAAUCUUCAAAGAGAUAUUAAUAACACAAUACUUUCACUACCUUUCUUUUUCUUUUGUUUUGUUUUGCUUCUUCUUUUCCCGUUCUCAACUAUAAAUUGUAGUACUGAAGCUGAAUAUAAAUCUCGAUUUUCUAAAUGAAUGAUCAAAGAAUUUCAGCUUCUGUUCCUCUGUUAUGCAAUUAUCACUCUCAAAAAUCAAAACGAGAAAGUACUAAGAAUGUGUUGUCAGAGAAACAAGAUUCUCUCUACUGCCAUCAAGCGUGGCGGCCUUCCCUUUCUCAGGCUGUUGAUGAGAUCAAACAGCUUUACACCAUCGCCUUUCCUAUGAUUAUUACAGGGCUUCUCAUCUAUGGCAAGUCUGUUAUAUCAAUGUUUUUCAUGGGGAAGUUAGGGAAAGAAACAUUAGCAGGAGGGUCUCUCUCAAUAGGUAUCGCUAACAUCUCCGGUUACUCUGUCAUCUCCGGUCUUGCUAUGGGUAUGGAAGCUAUCUCGUCGCAAGCCUGUGGAGCCAAACGAUGGCCUCUCAUGGGAGAAACCCUUCAACGAACGAUUGCAAUUCUCACCUUAGCAUGCAUACCCAUCUCUCUUUUAUGGCUAAACAUUGAGCCUAUCCUUAUAUUUUGCGGCCAAGACCCAGCAAUCUCAUCCAUUGCAUCUACCUACUUAGCAUUCUCUCUUCCGGAUCUUGUCCUCCAAUCCUUUAUUAACCCUCUGAAAAUCUACUUAAGAGCUCAAAACAUAACCCUUCCUCUUAUGCUCAGUGCAGCUUUUGCAUUAGCUUUACAUGCCCCUAUCAACCACAUCCUUGUCUAUCUCCUAGGCCUUGGUAUUCAAGGCAUUGCUUUGGCUGUGACUAUAACAGACUUCACUCUUCUUUCUGCUCUUUCGCUUUACCUCUGCUUCUCGGAUAUCUGUCGCGAAUCAUGGCAAGGCUGGUCAUUUCAAUGCUUUAAUGAAUGGAAGCCAAUUCUUGGCCUAGCCAUCCCUAGUUGCAUAUCUGUAUGCUUAGAAUGGUGGUGGUAUGAGCUCAUGAUAGUCUUGUCAGGGCUGCUAAUAAAUGCUUCUGACGCGGUUGCUGCAAUGGGAAUUCUAAUACAAGCAACUUCACUUCUGUAUAUCUUUCCUUCAUCGCUUAGCCUAGCCGUGUCAACUCGGAUUGGCAAUGAGUUAGGUGCAAAUCAACCUAACAAAGCCAAAACAUCAUCCAUCGUUGCAUUAUCUUGUGCCAUCUUCAUGAGCUUUCUUGCAAUGUUGUUCAUGACAUCAAUGAGGCAUGUCUGGGGACAAAUUUUUACGACAGAUCAUGCUAUAUUGUCAUUGACAGCCACAGCAAUGCCUGUGGUGGGGCUUUGUGAGUUGGGGAACUGCCCACAAACCACCGGCUGUGGGGUGUUGAGAGGCAGUGCUAGGCCAAGCCUUGGAGCCAACAUAAAUUUAGGUUCUUUUUAUGGUAUAGGAUUGCCCAUAGCAAUAUCAAUGGGCUUUAUGAUGGGAUUGGGCCUAUUGGGCCUAUGGUUGGGCUUAUUGGCAGCCCAGAUAGUUUGUGCAGUUAUCAUGGUGGUGGUGCUGAUGAGGACAGAUUGGAAAGUGGAAACAAAUAGAGCAAGAGAGCUUACUGGUAUUGACGGGGAAGGUGGUGAAGCAGAGAGUAAAAUAAAAACACUUGAAGGAUUAAUUUCAAGAACCAUUGUUUAUUAGAAAAAAUCAACUCCAAAAUUGUUUAAUGCUUCUCUUUCACUCUUUUCCUUUCCUUUCCUUUCCUUUCUUUCUUCUUUAAUUUAUAAAGGAUUACAUAUUUUAAUUUUGUAUUUAGUGGUUUUGUAUUAGGCUCACAUUUGGGCCCUUUGUUUGGUUGAAUGUCACAAUUACAGACUAAAUAUUUUCUAAUUUGGUUGUUGCUUUUA